CACCAAGAGCUUAUUCCUUAAAAUGAAAUCAUCAAAACAAUCAACCACUCAUUUGUUUUGAACACAACUAUAAAUUCACUGCUCUAAUUCUACAAAGCAAAUCAUCUGCACUUCUCAAAAAAACAAUUUUCUUCAAUUCUCAAAAAGAAACCCACAAAUUAAUUUUAUAGAAAAUGGACUCACAAAACAUUAGCUACCAUGCUGGUCAGGCCAAGGGCCAAACCGAGGAGAAGGCUAGCAACAUGGCGGACAAGGCUAGCUCUGCUACCCAAUCAACUAAGGAAUCCAUUCAAGAGGCUGGAGCACACAUGCAAGCUAAGGCGCGAGACACCAUGGAUUCAGUGAAGGAAGCAACCGGGAUGAACAAAUGAAGCACCUAAAUUUGAAUGAAGCGUUUCAAUAUUUUUAAUUUAGACUUGUCGCAAUGCAUUAUAUUUGCGACUUAUAAAAUAGGAAUUUUGUGUUUGAUUGAUUCCUUAGCUUAUACUUACGAGUAAUAAUUUGUAUAAGAUGGAAGUUCAAUUCCUCCGUCUAAUAGGCGUAUGGUCUAAACAUUUCGUAAUUAUACACACAAGGUUAUAAUUGAAGUCUUAUAUAUGUAGUACAC